AUGGUGCAGAUAUUUGUACCUGAUGAGUGUUGUAAUUGUUGGCCCUUUGACAGUUGCGGGAACACAUUAUUGAUGAUCGUAUCUUUCAAGGAUACGUUUUGCUAAUGAAAUCGUAGGAAAACCUGUUGGUAAGGCGUGAUAAACCACGUGUUGUGAUCACGUGACGGCCCACUUAAUAGUUUCUAGUGAUGUCAGUAUUGAUAAUUACUGAGAGGUUGGAAAACGUUGUGCAUUGUGCAAUCAGGUUUGAGGAUUUGAGUUGCCUCACAUCUGACAUUUAACCCUUUACAUAACGUUCAGUUGACAGUUAUCACGGUUUCUAUUUCCAUUGCUCUCACAGCUGCGACUUUAAGUCUUUCGUAACAAGCUUUGCUAACCGUUUUAUUUUGAAGCAUCCACUUGCGUGCAAUGUUUAUGUGGGAAAGUACGAAGAGAUCGCCUGGUUCUCGGAAGAUGAGAAAGAGUAUCCUGCAGUUUGCCAAGAAGUUGUGGAGCUCGGAGGACAGUGGGACUAGGAGGGCGCUGUGUACUAAUUGUAAGACAGACCCAGUCACCCUGAGUUCCCUCUGUAAGAAAUGUUGUAGAAGAUCCACUGUCUGCGCUGCUUGCUAUUCUAGGAUUCUGUCCCUGCACCACACCAGACUGGAUAGAUACGGCAGCUUAGAGGACAGGACCUACAAGUGUCCGGACUGUAACUUGUCCCCUGUCAAUACGUCUCCUCACACCAACAUUUUAGAAGACAACAGUGUCUCCUACAUUACUCCACAAAAAGUAAACAACCUCUCCGCCAAGAAGGCAGACACUGAUCCAUUGUCGAGGUUCGUUAACAAGCGAACCCUCCCUAGCCUCACCUCGCCUCCCCCUCCCGCUAGGAUGCCUCUCAGUUUCUCAACUUCAGCUCCUGUCACUCCUGUCAAACCAAUCUCCCCUGUCAAACCCUUAUCCCUGGAGAAACCCUCGUCACCAGGGAAACCCUUGACUCUGGCGAGACCUACAUCACUCGUCAAAACUAUCACUCCGGUGAAACCUCCCAGACCGGUGAACCAUGUCAAACCGGUGACUUUAACAAAACAGAAAUCAUUCUCCAGCUCCGACUCUGAAUAUCAGUCCUGUUCCGAGAAUGUAGAUCCGGAAAGUCCCUUUACUCCGACCACUCCUACACCAGCUCUGGGAGACAGGACUAGUUAUGUGUUUCCUGGUAAAGACAAUCUUCCGGACAAAAACAAAUACUCUUAUCAAGAUAACAAUAGAUACAAUUAUAAUAUGGAGGACAAAAUAAUGCCUGUAGUCCCUGAAACGAUCAAAUCGCCCAAAGUGCUGGAGAACAUAAACAACAACAAAUGCGUCAUAGUGCUCAAUAAAGAUCACGAAAUGCCACGAACGGUGGCCGUAGCAACCAAACCCACCCCUCCUGUGUCCAUGGUAACAAGAUCGCGGGUGUCGAACCCUAACCGCCCCGUCAUGAUAAGGUCACGUGCUAUUGAGGAGUCUGACGAGUUCCAGAACGUCAUGGUGAAGAGAACGUCUAUGGGUGACAAUGUGGUUCUCAAACCGGAAAUAAUCCUCCCUUCUCUAAUGCUUGGCAAGCUGCCAGACAAGAAGGAGAACAUACAGACAACCAAACCUACGAACGGUCACGUGAUAGAGAAAGAGGAAGUUAACGAGCACCAGCCAGCUGUGAUGAAACGCUCUUACAGCGAGAGCAGCAAGGAUAGACGACUAAUCGCUACUAAAAAUGAAAAGAACAGAUCUCGACAUGGCAGUGUAACGGAAGUCCGGUCCCCACGUGACAUAAGUAACGACACUAACGGUACCCCUACUACACGCUCCUCUGUUAAACGUACUGUCCGCAUUGCUGAGGAAGCGAACAUUGAACACAGUAGACCCUGCUCUCUGGAGCUAGAACACGUGACCGUGGGUGAAGUUACUCCUACAGUUUAUGUUAAGGAUAAAAACGAUGUCAUCGACGAGAGUAUUCAGAAAAGCGAGUCCGUCCUAAAGCGGUCCUUGUCGGUCUCCAACUCUCGGCUCCAGAGGAAACUAUCCAAGAAGCUGCUGAAUAAGGAGCGGAACAGUUCCAACUCAGACGAGACAGGGGCCCCAGUCUUCCUGAGAAGAAACCGGAGUUCCAGCUCAGUAGACAAAUCAUCGCCACCCCCUGACCUGAAACUCAUGGCUAACGCAGGAUUAGCGAUGGAAGAUAUCCAAGCGUUUGGUUUGAUGUACGUGCAGAGAUUGGAGAACAGGAUGAGGAACAUUGACGCGAUGAAAGAGCUGGAGAAGCAGCACAAUAUAAGUUGCAGAGAGCGUCUGAAAACAGCACUAGACACCCACGAACAGUUAUCAGCCGGAUUGGAGGACGUCAAACGUCAACUCAAGGAGUGCAUGGAGAAAUACCGCUUCAUCAGUGAGACUUUCGUGUAGUUGUUAUCAUAACCUGGAUUGUUGUUUCUUGGCCAUGGUGAUGGUUAUCGCUGUCAUGGUGAUGGUUAUCGCUGUCAUGGUGAUGGUUAUCGCUGUCAUGGUGAUGGUUAUCGCUGUCAUGGUGAUGGUUAUCGCUGUCAUGGUGAUGGUUAUCGCUGUCAUGGUGAUGGUUAUCGCUGUCAUGGUGAUGGUUAUCGCUGCCAUGAUGAUGGUUAUCGCUGUCAUGGUGAUGGUUAUCGCUGUCAUGGUGAUGGUUAUCGCUGUCAUGGUGAUGGUUAUCGCUGUCAUGGUGAGGCUCGUCCUGCACUGUUGUGGUGAUGGAUGUUGACUGUUGCUGCUGUAGCAAAUGUUCAUGUUGUAGUAACAAGGACCGUUGUUAUCGGUUGUUUUUUAUCGACCGCUUUUCAUUAACAAAAGUUAUUUUUCUAACCUUGGCCUCCGUGAGGCUUCAUCAUCUUGAAUUUUAUUUUUCGAUUCGUGGAAUUUCCACUCCGGUGGAAAAUGAACACUGAAGCUCUGAAGUUCUCGCUGAAUUUUAAAAGGGUUCUUUGAGGCAUGAUAACUUUAUUUGUUUGAUAGUUAACUGUGCACGUGUUUAUUUAAUUUGUUUGUUUCUAAUAAUCUUAUGUUGAUAAUUUUAGACGUUUCCAAUUGGUUUUAUAACAGAAACGUGCCAUGUUAAAUUAACUUUACUUAUAGUACUUUAACUAGACAGUUAACUGUCUGAGAUAACUCCUGGCUACGAGUAAAAUUUAGUUAUACUUGUUUAUUGCUGUCUCAGUUUAUCGGUGAUCCUUUGCGUAUUAUAUAACUAACUACAAGUGGUUACAAUACAGACGUAACCAGUAACGGUAUUAACUAUUAUUCUAAUAUGACUUAAUUACAAUUAUACCCUUUUUACUUUAUCCAUUGGAAGAAUUCUGUGGUAUCAAAGUUUCAAGAUCAUUUAAGUUUAAUGUGCGUCAAUAUUGCGUGCUUAAUCGAACUUGCAGCAGCUUUCAUAUCUACAAAUCUUUACUGCUCACUUUCCAUUUGGAACUGAACUUAUUUAAUAAAGUAAUAAUAAUACCAUUCUUUGAUCAUUUUAUUUGUAUACCAUGAUUUGAAUAUAGCUUAAAACCUUGCA